AUGAGGACGCCCCCGGCGAAUCCCCACAGCACGGCGAGCUUCCUCUUGCUGCUCGUGGGGUGCUUCGGGCCCGCGGAGCCCUCUGGCACCACAGGUAAUGAUCCAUUCACCAUCGUCAAUGUAAACACGAGCAAGUGUAUCAAGCCGCUGAAUGACUGGAUUGUAGCAAAGGACUGUCAGGACACCGAGGACAUGCUAUGGAAGUGGGUGUCUCAGCAUCGGCUCUUUCAUUUGCAGUCUCAGAAGUGUCUGGGCCUAGAUAUCACCAAACCCGUGGAUUCCUUGCGAAUGUUCACCUGUGACUCCAAGGCCAUGCUGUGGUGGAAGUGUGAGCACACCUCUCUGUAUGGAGCUGCCCAGUACAGGCUGUCUCUGAAGGACGGACACGCUAUCGCAAGUACAAGAUCAUCUGAUGUCUGGGUGAAAGGAGGCACAGAGGAGGGCCUCUGUGACCAGCCUUACCAUGUCCUGUAG